AUGCUUACUCCCAGCGUGCAGAGCCCCCGAGCUGUCGGGGACAGCUUUGUUGGUGACAGCCAGUUUGGGCAGCAGCACAAGUGUCUGUCACCGUCGGUGUAUGAAUUAAUGCAGUGGCGGCAGCCAGUGGCACCAGGAGCAGCACUGAGGAUCAGAGGCAGCAGAACAGGGCUCAAGCAGGAUCAACCUGCUUUGUUGGUGGUACACUUGGGCAGUUCACCUUCCCUGCUUUGCCAAGUGGACACCUCAGUCAGCUACAUCUACUGGUACCACCACCAGGAGGGUACGGCAUCCAAGAGGCUUCUCUACCUAGACAUGUCCAGGUCCUAUGUGCAAUGGGAUUUUGUCCUGGAAGUGGACAAAGUUGAUGCCAAGAAGGGCAGGGAUAGCUACAGCUGUACUCUGUCAGUGCUGAGGCUAGAGAGGAGUAGAGAAGAGUGAUGGCGUGUGUACUACUGUGCUGCCUGGGAAUACCACAGCCCUCAUGGACCUCUGGGUAUGGUGGGAGCUGGCACUUUAAUAAGGCAAAGUGACAGGAGUCCUGAUGAAGAUAUUUCUCCCAAGCCCACAAUUUUUCUUCCUUCAAUUACUGAAAUAAAAUUCCAUAGGGCUGGAACAUAUCUUUGUUUUCUUGAGGAUUUUCCCCCUAAUGUUAUCAAGAUAGAUUGGGGAGAAAAGGAUGACAAAACAAUUCUGAAAUCCCAGCAGGGAGACACUGUGAAGACUAAUGACACACACAUGAAAUUCAGCUGGCUGACUGUGACUGGAGCAUCAAUGGAUGAAGAACACAAAUGUAUCGUCAACCAUGAGAGUGAUAGAAGAAAAAUUGAUCAAGGGAUUCUUUUUCCUUCUAUAUACAAAGAUUUGAUGGCAGUGAUGGAAUCUGAACUGGACUCCCAGGGGCAUUUAGAGACAAAGCAAAACACAGAGGUGGUAACUGUGAGCCCUUUGAUUUCAGGAUCUUUCUCACUUGUUCCAAGGGCAGUGGAGCUUGCUGCUAUUAACUCCACAAAAGCUUCUCUGAAUGAUGAAAAUGAGCAGCUGCAGCUCAUGAACACAUCUGCCUACUAUAUGUACCUCCUCCUCUUCCUGAAGAGCCUGGUCUACUCCACCAUCAUGGUCAUCCUUCUACUUGGGAGACCAGCAAUCUAUGCCAAUGAGAAGAGUUCCUAA